AUGCAGACGACUCCUGAGCCCCAUCUCGCGAAUGGUUCGAAUUUGAUAACCACUUUCCAUCUGGCACAGAAGGCACCUCUCAUACUUAAGCGUCAGUCUUCCAGUGUGGAAACGGUCGCAUCCUCACCGGUACGAGGGAUUGAGAACUAUGGUGUAGUAGAGCAACUUUUGUUUUCAUGCCUACAGUCGGGGGACGACAAAUCUGCGCUACUUUGUACUGAGCAACUAGCAGCUCGAUUUGGCAUGACUGAUGAAAGAAUAAUAGGAUUAAGGGGCAUGUAUGAAGAAGCGGUCGCCGAGAAUCCUACCAGACUUGAAGAAUGCUUGCAAACAUAUGACCUCGCGCUUUCCGAAAACCCCGUAAACCUGCCCGUACUAAAGCGUCGGAUCGCGCUCCUACGCUCGCUGUCCAGGCCUGUGGAUGCCAUUUCUAGUCUCAUCAACCUCCUAGACGCAGUCCCAACAGAUGCGGAGGCUUGGUGCGAACUCGCAGAUCUCUACCACUCUCAGGGGAUGAGCUCACAAGCAGCUUUCUGUCUUGAGGAGGCCUUAUUAAUUGUGCCAAAUUCUUGGAAUAUUCAUGCGUUCCUCGGCGAAAUCUUGUAUUCGGGUGCCUGUGCUUCUGAAACAACGGAUUGUUCCCAGCUUUUGGAGGUGUCGAUACAUCAUUUCUCUCGCAGCAUAGAACUCUGCACUGAUUAUUUGCGGGGAUUUUACGGAUUGGUUUCAGUAGGGCCCCUAAUAUUUUACCUCGAUUGGUGUUGA